AUGUCAUCAUUUUUAACACAUACAAAAGAUGAAUUAUAUGAUUCAAUAAGAUUAAAAGAUAUUGUCAAAUCUAAUGAAUCAAAUAGAACACUUACCUAAAAAAUAUAUUAAAGUAAUUCUAUUUUAAGAAUUUUCAGAUUGAAGAUUAUGAAAAUACAUCUUUAGAAACUAAAGAUUCAUUUUUUUAAAAUAAAAAUACUCUUCCUAUUCCUUUAAAAUAAUCUGUAUAAGAUUCAAAAUAAAGCUAAAGAAUACUUAUAAAUCCAAAAUUGA